GUUUAAUUGCAGAGAUUGAUCAGAGCUAGAGUUUGCUAUACAUCUUACCACCAUCCUCAUUGUCAUGCCCUACUCUGGUAAAUACUCUCUUGCCACUCGCUGUCUUACAGAGUUUCUGGGCACUGCAUUGGCCAUUUUCCUGGGCGACUCGGUCAUUGCCAACGAACUAUUACCUUUAACAAAGGGUCAUAGCAUGGGCUUUGGAUGGAUUGCUACUGCCUUUGGCAUGGCAUUCACUCUUUCCAUCCUUAUGUUUGGCUAUGCAUCUGCACAUGUUAAUCCAGCAAUGACUCUUACUUUGUUCAUCAUCAACAAACUGUCCUUUGUAGAUUGCAUCUGUCUGAUUCUUUCUCAGCUUGCUGGCGGGUUUAUGGGUGCUGUUGCCAUGUUCAUUGUCUACUUGCCUCACUUUCGCACUAUUCCAGAGCCUCCUGCUUCGACUGCUUGUGGUUCUGAUACUAAUGCCAAUGUUUUGCUACGCACCAGAGAUGCCAUUGAUGUCGAUGCCCUGCGAGUAGCUUCUUAUAAUACCAAAUCCUCAGCAUCAGCUUCCAAAUCCUUCUCCGAUAUCCUCAAGGAAGCAAAAUAUUAUCUAACUUCUCAAUCUAGCGAUUCAAAGCAUGUGUUUAAUUUGCUAAGUUUGGGCACAUUGGAUCUCGCUGGUGUCGAGGUCGCUUUCCCGGACGAUCCUUUAAAGGCUUCCAGUACUACCGAUCUAGAAACUCCCCAAAACCAGCAUCGUCCACUCCAACGCAGACACUCGAUUCAAGUCUCUGAGAUGCAGCGGCGACUUCGGCGUCUUGAGGCUUCCAUGGCCCCUUCUGCUUCCUCUACAGCACUCACUCGUACCCAAACAAUAUUUAAAUCCGAUUCUGCUUCUGUGCACACUGCUCAUUCAUCAGUGGUUUCUCCUUGCACUCAUUCCGAGGACAAUCUUGCCAGCAAACCAGCCGUGAUCGUUUGUUCUUCGGCCACUCCUACUGAUUCUCUUGCAAACGUCAAAGAUGCUCGUUUUGCUCAAAACAGUGCUCGUUUCAACGCUAUACUUGCGAAUAAAUCCUCAUCCGACUCAAAUCUAAAUCCCACAAGCUCCAAUUCUCACCCAACUAACAAACGCGACCGACACUUGGACUUUCAGGUCCUUGGCGAUCUUAAAACCACUCAUGCCGAAGCCUUGCAUAAGGCUGCCAUAAGAGCUCAUCAGGCAGCCAAACUAUCUGCAUUUUGCAAUCGUCCUGCCAUAUACCUUCCUAUUCAUAAUUUUACUGUCGAGGUGAUCGGCACAACCAUGCUGUGUUUAGGCGCGCUGUUACUUGAACUCCGCUUCAGCAUGGCUGCCACUGCUAUAAUAGCUACAAACACUAUCCCGGCCGAAACAGUCGAGCUAGUGUUCCAUAAUGGUCUUGCACCCUUCUUUAUUGGUAUAUUUAUUCAAACGUGCAUCUUUGCCUUGGGUGGACCUACUGGGUUUACUGCCAAUCCUGCAAGAGAUAUUGGCCCCAGAUUUGCUCACUGGAUCUUGCCUGUUCCUGGUAAAGGUGCUUCUGAAUGGAACUUUUGUGGCGUGGUUACUUUGGGAACCUUUUCUGGCGGUGUAGUUGCUGCCGUACUUUACAUGGGCUUGAGCACCAUUCCUUAAUUCUCGAUCAUACUUGUUUCUUUUGACUUGCUAUGUCAAUGCGUUAAUAUUUAUUUGUAGUCGAUUCAACGUGUCAUAAAAUAAAUAGUUCAAUUGAAACUC